AUGGCCAAAGACAAGAAAAGCAAAAGCGAUAGUAAGAAAGCCACGAUAGCCAACAAGAAGCAGAAACAAGAGAAAAAAGGCGCAAAAAAAGAAAAAGCCAGAAUCUCAAAGGGGAGCGAUAGUGACGCCGAUGAUAUCGCUCUUGAUGCUGUACUUGCUGCCUACGCCAAGCAGCAAGAACAAUUUCUCAAGGUGACAGAGCUGCCCUGCGAUCCACCUAGAGCAAGAGCUUCGGCUACGUUGAUUCCGUCUCCUGCAAAUGAUAACGAGCUAUUUCUGUUCGGCGGGGAGUUCUACAACGGCGCUUUGGCUACAUUUUUUAACGAUAUGUAUAUCUACCUCAUCAAUAAAGAUUCUUGGCGCUUGGUAACUUCGCCAAAUACACCAUUACCGCGAUCAGGACAUGCCUGGUGUCGAGGAGGAAAUUCUGGCGGAGUUUAUUUGUUCGGCGGCGAGUUUAGCUCCCCUAAGCAGGGUACAUUUCAUCACGUAGGACUCUCUCCCGUUUGGCCAGUUAUUUUGUUUUCACACUUCAAGCUAGCCGGAACUGGCUCCCAUCAUACUAAAGCCUACCAAUUCUACCAAAAACUUCUGACCGAAUGA